AUGAUUGUCUCUAUUCAUAGUUUCGAGGAUGUGCAUCCUAUCUUCAGGAGAUUUCUUGACUUUAGAUCGAACAGUAGAAUUUCCUUAUCUAUCUAUCUAUCUAUCUAUCUAUCUAUCUAUCCUAUAACUUUCAUAUUAUCUAUCUAUCUAUCUAUCUAUCUAUCUAUCUAUCUAUCUAUCUAUCUAUCUAUCUAUCCCUGUCUUGUCAUAUCUAUCUAUCCCAUUCUCUUCAUAUUCAUCUAUCUAUCUAUCUAUCUAUCUAUCUAUCUAUCUAUCUAUCUAUCCCAGUCUUGUCAUAUCUAUCUAUCCCAUUCUCUUCAUAUUCAUCUAUCUAUCUCUAUCUAUCUAUCUAUCUAUCUAUCUAUCCCUGUCUUGUCAUAUCUAUCCCAUUCUCUUCAUAUCUAUCUAUCUAUCUAUCUAUCUAUCUAUCUAUCUAUCUAUCUAUCCCUGUCUUGUCAUAUCAAUCUAUCUAUGGAUCUAUUUAUCUAUGUGCUAAUUCCUCUGUCCACUAAUCUAUCUAUCUAUCUAUCUAUCUAUCUAUCUAUCUAUCUAUCUAUCUAUCUAAGUUCUUUUAUAUCUAUCUAUAUGUAUGCAUGUUUUACUGUCCCAUACAUACGCCGUCUUCCCCCCUCUCCCUCCCCCUCUCUCUCUGUCUCUCUUCCCAAACUUUCGUCAUAUAAGCACCACCCUGUAACCUUCAUUUAUUUAAUCUCUAACCCACAUCUCUACCCACCCACCGGCACAAGCACCCGGCCUCAAAAUGCCCUUAUCCUCUCUCGCUUUCUGUCUCUUAAUGUUUUUUUUUUUUUAUUCCACCUUUCUUUGUUUCUUUCUUUGUUUCUUACUCUUUCUUUCUUUCUUUCUUUCUUUCUUUCUUUUUCUUUCUUUCUUUAA